AUGCAGAAGUACUUCUUUAUCGAAAGGGAGAAGCUUCUUAAGCUCUUCCGUGUCUGCCCCGAGUGCGGACAUCGACUGGGCAGUACGCAGCUAGAGCUGUCGAGACUGCAGCUGUUGUCCGCUUCGUGUGUGGAAAGUGCAUUGUCCGAUACCCACCCGUCAAAAGGUGGGAGAGCCAGGACCCUGCCGUUGCACAUUCACGCCAACGCAAGUUUAGAGGCAACUGUCCAACCCCGUGGUGAUGGCCGAAACCGCUACAACGAGCAAGCCAAAGUAGCCCUCUUUUCAAAGACCUUUUACAUAGAGGUCUUCAAAUGGACGGAGCCAGCUGUCGAAAAAGUUUACCGUUCCCAUCAAGAGCUGGUGUUGAAAAGAAUAGGUGAGGGGCUGAAUCUGGCAGCCGAUGGAGCAUACGAUAGCCGUGGUUAUUCGGCGUUGAUAUGCAAAGUCGUGCUGUUAGAUCUGCGUACUAACUUGAUUCUCCAUACAGAGGUGCUCCGUCGAUAA